AUGGUAGGCUUUGGAGCCCCGCGGCAUACAGGCCGGCUGCCCCCCUUUGUGUUGGUGGCGUUGUUAGUGGUGAUCGCCCUCCUGGCCUUUAACUACUGGAGUGUGUCUGCCCACCAGGCCGCCUUGCAGGGGGAUCUGGCGGCUCUGCAGGAACAGGUUCAGUGCACGGAGGUAGCCCGGAGCCGGCUGGAGAAGCGCCAUUCUGAGCUGAUUGUGCAGUCGGAGGGCAACCGGUGGCAGCUGGAGCAACGGCUGGGCGUAUUUCAGAACAUAGGGGAUCGACUGCAGGCGCGGGACCUGGAGGCCCAGCGCUGCGAGUUGGACAGGGAGAAGCUGCUGGCUAACGUGUCACUCCAGAUGGUAGACAUCACUCAUCUGAAGGAACAGUUGCAUGAACUUCAUCAAGAAUUUUUGCGACAGGAGAAUCAGCUACUUGAGUACAAGAAAAAUAAUACCCUGCUGCAGAAGGCAUCUCUGUGA